AUUUUUGAAGGAGGAUUCAUCGCAGAGCUCUAAGGGGAAGUGAGGUGGUGGCGAGGGCGGGUCUGUGCUUGAAUCGUGAGGCGGCAGUUUCCAGCAAAGAUCCGAUAGCGGAGCUCCUCUAGUAUCUUUGGUUUCCAGAGGGGGUUUGAAGGCAAAUUCACGGCAGUCUAACUGUUGGAAAAAUGAGGAGAUCUAAAUUACCUGUUUAUCGGACAAGAAACACACAUGCUGCCAUCGCUCCAUCAGAGGUUUCAACUGCCAAUGGGCUGAAAACAGAAAGUGAUCAUUUACAGCCUUCAGCAAAACGCUUCCAUGUGAUUCCAAGUGAAUCGAAGAAUGAUUUACCUCGAAGAUUCAACUUUUCACGUAAAACCUCAAGUGCAGUCACUUUCGAGGCAACGUGUAAACAGCAGAAUGUGGCAUUAAAUAAAAGAAAGAAAAUUCCCCCGUCAUCAAGGAUGACUCGUGCUGACAUGAAGAAGAAUAUGGCCCCGAAAGUGGUCGAAGCAGAAUUAAGGGACCAAAACCAGUUAUUGGAAGUUGCCCAGCAGCAACUAAAGCAGGAACUGAAGGUAUCCAAGGCACAUGUGGAGAAUCUCCAAAGAGAAUUAGAAACAUGGAGAAGUAACACAAUGGAGACGCGGGAGAUGUUCCAGGAUUUGAGGCUGAAGUUGCAGAAUGCCAAGGAAGAGAGUAAUAAAAUUGUAGGAGAAAUGGACUUGUUCGACCAAGAGCUGGAGGAGUGGAGAUCCACUUUAAGUCAAUUUAACCAUCUUUUAGAUCAGGAUGUUGAAUGAUUUGACCAUCAGGAUUACAAUGAGCAAUUUUAAAUGUGAAUAGAAAGUGUAUAUGCUUUAAAGAACCGUACAAAAAAUAUUAAUAAAGUUUAUGUACUGUG